ACGGGUCAACGACACCAUGGCAUGAGUUGGUCCCUUUCGACUAUGCCUCGCGGGAAUAACCCUAAUGAUUCAGAGCACGAAUCGGCUCUCGAGGCUUGAAGCAACCGGGAGAAUCCUCGUCUCUUCUUCUCCUCAUCCUUUUGCCCCUAUCCGAUCGACGGAUCUUUGGUACAUUGCGCUGUGCCAUUCGAGUAUGACAGCAAUUUGAUGUGAAGAUAAAAGACAUGGAAAAAAAGCAAUUCUGUUUGGAUUUUUGUCCUAUCAUACCUAUAGGAAGAAACACAAAUUAAACUCUAUCAUACUCCUUCCAUUUAGUUUUCCAUGCCAUGCAUGCUGAUGAAAUGUUCAUUUGAAGUCAUUUAAAUAGCUACCAUGACAACAAGAACCAUUAGAAGGCGGCUUCAUCAUGGAGAUGUUGAUGGAAGGAAAAGUGAGUUUGUGGAACCAUCAAGAUUUGAUAUCCAAAAUGAACCACUACUUGGAAAUGACAACCAUUCAGACAAUUAUAAGGGAUAUGAUGAUAGACACAGACAAGAUUGGGAUGACAAAACAAAGGAAGUAGACCUUCACUGGACCUGCCUUUUGUCCAAUUUGACUGUUCAGUGGUCUCAAUGGUUAGCAAGUAUUGCCCGUGGCUCUGGAUCUGUUUUAGGAAGGUUAUUAUCACUUUCUUCUAUUACAAGUGUACAAUUUGUCCCAAUUUGUCUUACUCCAUUGCAGGAAGAAAGGUUGAGAAACCUGAGGCGGAGACUGAAGGUUCGGUUUGAUGGAUCUCAUUUGGAUCAUCAAGAUGCUCUGAAACAGCUUUGGCAGUCAUCCUACCCUAAUCGAGAAGUUCCCCCGUUUAAAUCUGACUCAUGGAAGGAAAUGGGUUGGCAAGGUUGUGAUCCAUCAACCGAUUUCAGGGGUGGUGGCUUUAUAUCAUUGGAAAACCUCAUCUAUUUUGCCAAAAACUACCCGAAUUCUUUCCAAAUGCUGUUGCACAAAUCAGAAGGUAGAAGAGCUGAGUGGGAGUAUCCUUUUGCCGUAGCUGGCGUUAAUGUAUCAUUCAUGUUGAUUCAGAUGCUAGACUUGCAGUCAGAUUUUCCAUCUUCAAAAGCAGGAGUUCGUUUCCUGGGACUGCUUGGAAACGAUGAGAAAGCAUUUGAUAACCUCUAUUGUAUAGCUUUCUGUAUGUUGGAUGCUCAGUGGCUUGCAAGACAUGCUUCUUAUAUGGAGUUCAAUGAGGUUCUGAAGUUCACAAGAAUUCAGUUGGAGCGCGAACUUGCACUGGAAGACGUUACCAGCAUAAAAGACUUGCCUGCAUACAACAUGAUUAUAUAGUCUUUCUUUCAGAUCCAAAUUUGAGCUAUCAAUGCAGGAUUUCGAAGAAUCUUUAUGGAGACCAUCACAAUGCAUAAAACAAACACAAUUGUAAAAAAGGAUAGUGGUGCUGAUUACAAAAAUAAGUUCUUUUCAUCUUUUUUUUAAUUAUUUUUUGUAUUUGAAAGGUCAUCUGUUUUCUGCUAAAUAUGAGCAGUAUGUAUUCAACAAAAUUGCUUUAAUGAAGUGACAGGUUUAUGAUCGGUGCUCAUUGUAUGAUUGAUAUUAGUCUGUAGUGUGAAACAUUUUGACUUGAUUAUGUUAAUUAAGAGUGCAAUAACUGUUUAUCUUGAA